AGCCUUUACUCCAAGGGUUUGGUAAGGGAUGACUCAUUGGCCGGAUUUGGGGUUGCAAUUUGCGGACAAAAAGAUGAUGUCUUGUUUCAGAUGAAGGGACCAAUUCAUGGCUAUAACAUAACUGUGUUGGAGGCUGAGCUUACGGCAUUGAAGCGAGGACUAAAAGAAGCUGCAGAUCUAGGGAUCAAUCAUAUCACAAUUUACUGUGAUUAUCAUCCCAUUCACGAAUUAGUCACGGGAAGAUCCAUGCCGAAGGAUAAUAAGACUGCCGUGCUAAUAAAUGAUGUGCAACGCAUCAGGGAACGCUUUGCGUCAAGUUUUCUGAUUUUAGUAUCCGGAGAUAGCAUGAAAUAUGCUUAUAAACUAGCAAAAGAAAUAAUAGUUUCUGAAAUCAGCAUAUCUGUGGAUCCUCCUCGCAAAGCCAAGCCUGCUCCGAAAAGCACUUGUCCUAUCUGUUUUGAUGACGAUACCAAUGCUGAUCAGAUGUUUACUGUUGAUAAAUGCCGUCAUCGGUUUUGUUCCCAGUGUGUGAAACGACACAUAGAGGUAAGGCUACUCGAUGGAAGUGUGAUGAGAUGUCCUCACUACCGUUGCAAGUCUAAGCUGGCUCUUAACAGCUGUGCCAGUAUGUUGACACCAAAACUAAAUGCGUUGUGGCAAGAAAGGAUCAAAGAAGACUUGAUUCCUUAUGCCGACAGAGUUUAUUGCCCCAACCCGAAGUGCUCGGCUUUGAUGUCGAAAACCGAGCUGUCUAAAUCGAGUAAAGAAGCUGGAUAUAGGAGAUGUUGUUCCAAAUGCGGUGAACAUCUUUGCACCAACUGUAAAGUUCCGUGGCAUGAAAAUUUGGCAUGCAAGGAUUACAAGAUGUUGCAUCCAAGUCCUACAGAAAAUGAUGGAAAGCUAAAAGCUCUAGCAAAUCAGAAAAUGUGGCGUCAAUGCGGAAAUUGCCAACACAUGAUUGAACUUUCAAAAGGAUGUGUCAUCGUAAUUUGCAGAUGUGGACAUGACUUUUGUUACCGAUGUGGAGCCAAGGCUAAAAGUUGCCGUCAUGGUCUUGGCCAUGGCCAUCCACCAUCGCCGCUACAGCCGCCACCACCACCGUCACAGCUGGGGGUUUAA